AUGAUGUCGGCAAUCCCGAACCCCACCAGCAGCAUCAAUCUUGCUAUUGCAAGCGUCGCAGUUCACACUGUCCUUGUACCCCUCGUGGCAUGGAUCACCUGGAAACACGGCAAAAAAGGGCUUCUAUGCUGGCCGCUUCUCCUCAGCUAUCUUGGACUUCGCAUUGCAGGAGACGUGUACAUUAUAAUGCGACGCCAUGACCCGAUGGUGGGAAACGGCUUCACAUCCACAGUCGACGCUGGGCUGGUGACUUGCCUGACACUGGCGCUGAUCGGAGUGGCGUAUGAAGUGAAUAUCAUCACCCGACGUAAGCCCCAAUGGCUGGGACAACGCAUCAUUCUGGGUACCGGUCAUCUCAUCAACAUUGCUGGCAUCGGCGUGGCUUCAUAUGGAGGCACUCGCGAUGACUCUACAGAAAGUGGCGUGAAGAAUGCAAUGCUCGCUAAGAUUGGCUAUCUCGUUGUCAUCGCGGCUCUCGUCGUGCUUUGUGGCUGGCUCGGCUGGACCGCACGCCACAUUUGGUCAUAUCGCUCGACGAAGACAUACUUUGGCGCAUACGUGAUGCUUCUUGCUGCCGGUGUUGCGUUUGUAUUCCACGCCAUACGCAUCGCACACGAAGUUACAUUUGCGUUUUCUAGGCUACACAGUCUCGAUCCCAUGGGUGGGAGUCUCGCAACGAAAGUUGUUCUUGUGUAUGGCGUGGAGCUUUGCGCUGUGUUGCUGAUGAUCGUUGGCGGGAUCUGUGGCAAACCUCAGCGACAAGCUCAGGUGGCUGAUGAUUUCGGGCCAUAG